AUGGAUAUAUCAGAACUUGGUCAAUAUACUUCAGAGUUUCUCAAGAAUCUUACUGAUGAUAGAAAAAGUGGUAAAACUAAAGUCAUAAAUAUUGCAACUUUCGAUAGUUACCAAAUUCUCUAUCCAACUCCAUAUAAUUUAGAAGAAACUAUCAGAGAAAUAGUAUAUCAAAUUAUACAAGAUAAUCUCAGUACUAGUGUUGUAAAAGCUGAAGCUUGUGUUUUAGCCAAUUUAGCACCAAAUGCUAAUACUGGCUCAUCAUAUGCUGAAGUAACAGGAUAUGCUAAGAACAGAGGUCAACUAGAUAUUCCUAGAAAAUUUAAAUCUAUGAAAAAGAACUAA